AUGAAAACUUCCACUCUUUUGAUUCUUGCACUCACUUCCUAUACCAUUGCAGCUCCUUUUGAAGCCCAGGAUCUGGGAGAAAAGGUCACACAGGCUGUGAACUAUGUUGAGAACAAGUAUCACCUCACCAUCGAAACAGACGAGCUCGAAUGGCUUGGAACUGGACAUAAACCUACAGAUGAUUCCACGAAUGGCCAGGUUCCAGUUUCCACCGACUUUAUUGGUGCUCCCAAAGUUACGAGCACUUUUGCCUCAGUCAACGCAAAGACUACUUUGUCCACGUCGUUCUUGAAUUCUGCUCACACUUCGGAACCUGGUGGCCAGACGUUAUCUUCAAUUUUCUCCACCACUACAACUAGUGCUGCUGUUGAGUCUUCCGCCUCUCAAAGCGAAACUUCUACAAGUGUUUCAUCUAGUGGUGCUCAUACCGGUAGAGGAACCUUUUAUGAAGUUGGAGCUGACAACUGUGGAACCUCCAGCACCAACUCUGACUUGGUCUGCGCCAUCUCCCACUCCCUUUAUGAGACUUCUGUCAAUGGUGAGGAUCUCUCGUCCUACUGUGGUAAGACCAUCACUGCCAACUACAACGGCAACUCUGUUACGGUCAAGGUCGUUGACUCUUGCGAGUCAUGUGGAGACAAUGAUUUGGACUUUUCUCCAGCUGCCUUCUCCAAGCUGGCAGACCAGGACGUAGGCGAAAUUGAGAUCACCUGGUCUUGGGAUUAA